AGAGAGAGAGAGAGGGAGAGAGGGAGAGAGGGAGAGGAUCCAGUGGGAUAAAUCAGGUGAUUAAGCAAGACUUGAAAUAAAAACAAGACAAGAGCAAGAGACAACCUCCUACAAGCUUAGCCUUAAAAUGAAUUCGGACUCCAGCUCCUCCAGCAGAGCCUCCUCUCCAGACAUGGAUGGGAUGUACCUCCGCGAUCACCUCCAUCCUCAGGACGGACGCCUGAACUCGGUGUCUUCCACGCAGAGCGAGCUGCUCCAGAAGAUGACGGGCGAGCACGCGACCAAAACGCCCUCCGGCAGCAAGUACAAGCUCAAGAAGCAGGUGACCGAGCAGGAGAUCCAGCACCUGCGCUUGAAGAUCAACGGCCGAGAGCGCAAGCGCAUGCACGACCUGAACCUGGCGAUGGACGGGCUCCGAGAGGUCAUGCCGUACGCGCACGGGCCGUCGGUGCGCAAGCUGUCCAAGAUCGCCACGCUUCUGCUGGCCAGAAACUACAUCCUGAUGCUGACGAGCUCGCUGGACGAGAUGAAGCGGCUGGUGGGUGAGAUCUACGGCGGCCACCACUCGGCGUUUCACUGCGGGUCGGUGAGCCACGGCGGCGCGCACUCGGCGCAUCCUCUCCUCGGGAGCGCGCUGACCUCGUCCACCUCCUCGACGCUUUCCACCGCUUUACCGGGACUUACCUCCAUCAGGGCGCCGCACUCUUUGAUGAAGAGCACCCCUGCACCUCCGCUGCAGCUCGGGGGCUCGUUCCAGCACUGGGCGGGCUUGCCGUGCCCCUGCACGAUUUGCCAGGUGCCACAGCCUCCCCACCUGCCCAUCACCUCCACGGGACUGACGAGGCUUUCCACAGAGAACAAGGACACGAUGAAGUGAACGUCACGGUGUAAACAGUGAACGGACUGGACUUUGCAUGAUAUGUUUGUCUGUCUGUCGGUUUGUUUGUUUGUUUGUUUGUUUUAGCCCUUACAAAUACUCAACUUCGUCCUUGUAACAAGGAUGUCGUCGAUUGGUGUGUAAGGUAAACUUCUUUAUCGUUAUGGAGCA